AUGAGUACAGGGUCAAACUGGGCCGGCAAUGCGGGUGUCACCCUAUUGCUCCUCCUCGUGAACACGGGUCUCCUCCUCGCCAGUCUCUUCGUUUGCCGCCGCUAUGGCGACCAGGCCCGAGGCUUCAUAACGUGGAUGAAGGUUGCCUUUGUGUUCUUUGGCGGACAACUCGUGUUCCGAUCCGCAGCGAGUAUCCUGUACACCCUCUACUGGUAUGAUGUCAUCUACGGCCUCAGCCUCGCCAGCACUCUGGAUGUUAUCGAGACCGCCUUCGAACUCGUCGUCAAGGGCCUCAUCAUCGCCACCCUCGGCUCCCUCGCCCGCGGCAUCCUGUACGCUCGCACCAGCACCCCGGCCAAGCUCGCGACCCCCGCGCGCAUCUCCAGCAUUGCCUUCGUCGUCCUCGUCACCGUCCUCUCCAUCGCCUUUCUCGGCCUCGGCAUCAGCUACUACGUCGGCGCGCGCUCCAUCACCUCGCUCCACGCUAACAACAUCUGGGCCGCCUUGCACAUCAUCUUCUUCCUCCUCUCUCUCGGGCUGUUGGGUCUUGGCGGCCUCAUCUUCACCAAGGUGAAGACCCUCGCGCAUCUUCAGCUUGCCGCCAGGUGCUUCCUCGUCGCAUCCGGUUUCUUCUUCGUCCAAUGCCUUUACGCGGUAGUCUGGAUCGGCCUCUACGGCGGCCUUAACCGAAGCAGCCGCACCCGACGUGCUCCGUCCUACUCCAUCAUCAUCAACCUCAUCUUCGGCGUCAUCACUCUAUUCGCUACCCUCGUCACCCUCUUCCACCUCGCCCGCGGCCGUGAGAAGUUCAUUUCCACCCCCAACACCGGCGGCUACCCGGCCCCCGGCAUGCAGGCGGUGCCCGUCCAGUACCCCGUCCAGCCCGGUGCCCCCAGCGCCCCGCGCAGGGCUACCCUCAACACCGCAGCAGGCCUACGCUCCCCUCAGGCAGGCCAGCAGCCCGGCUACCCCCAACGCGUCGCCCCCGCCGCGCUCGUAAACGAUCCCACGAGGUCGGCCCCCGCGCCCACCGGCACCAUUAGCGCCUCGUCGACGCCAGCCCCCGCGUCUGAGCUCAGCGAUAAUCAAAAGAGACAGUGA